AAUAUGGAACUAAAUAAUUCCAAAGCAUUUUGACCAGCUUGAAGGAUUGAAUCCGUCUCCCACAGGUAAACCCUAUUGGACGAUGUUUGUUCUGCACAUUUGAGUAUGUUACGAUUUCACACGCUUCAUGCACCGCUACAGCCUGACUCUUAACAUUUUACCAGCUGUGCUCCUUAAUAUCAAAUAAAGAGUCUGCUGGAACAUCAGUCUGGUGUUUAAUUGAUUUCUGCCCGGUGAUCCGCUCAUUCUUCACUGUCAUUCAUUAACUCCACCACACCCGCUUCUCCACUGAUAAAGGGAAAGGUUAAGACUUUGGAGUGUCUUUUAACAGUCAGGUGUUAACAGCUUUUCACUCACAUAACCAAAGCAAAAUGUAGACUAUCGCUCCGGUUUCAUUCUCUUGUUAUAAAUAAAGCAUCCGUGGAAGGAGGAUUCAGCGUCACAUCGAAACUGUAAGACGCAUCAAGGAGGUGCGAUGGAUGUCAGGCACACUGCGUGAAUUCAACAAUGCGUUGACUCAGCGAUCCGUCUCUCUGACCAUUAGCAGUCACACCGGGCAGGAUGAUUUACUUGGUUCACACAGCUCACUGGCAGUUCCUGGGCCUGAUGGCCGGGGUAUUGGCCUGGAUCCUCAUCAUGACCACAACCGGCCUCGACGAGUGGCGGCUGUGGCACGUGGCUGAUGAGUCCGUCAUCACCUCGGGCGUGGCCUGGGUGGGCAUCUGGAGGGCAUGUUUCUACAGCCAUGUCCUUCCCAGGGUAGAGAACUGUCAGAGCAUCGGCAUCUCGGACCACUUUGCUCCGGCAGAGAUCCCUGUGGCUCAGGUGCUGAUGGUAAUCGCGGUGAUCUGCGGCCUGGCGGGGAACAUCACCGCUGCAGUGGCCGUGAGGAUGGUCUACUUCUCUGUAGAGAAUCGUAGGAACAUAAGGCUGGUCUUUGUGCUGGCAGGGACCCUGUAUGUGCUGGCGGGGACAUUCUCAUUGGUGCCGUUGGUGUGGAACAUGAGCUCUGUUCUUAAAAACAGCACCAUAGGCUUUCCUCCUGAGUUCCACCUCCCUGCAGCUCCUGCUAGGCAGCAAAUCGGCUCGGCCAUCGGAGUGGGCUUCUUCGCCUCCAUGCUAUUGUUCAUAAGCGGGGUGCUUUUCCUCUGCUACCGCUACGCUUGGGCGGCCCUCAGCACAGAGGCCCCCAGAGACACCCGGGAUCCGCUGCAGGGUCCCUGGACAGAAACAACGCUAGUACAGAAGUCUGAAUUGGCAGAUGGAACCAACCAGGCCAGGGAUAAUCCUGCAUUUCACAGAGAAGAAAUCUCAUGAUGGCAGAACAUCAGAACACUUAAUUUACAAUCUUGGAUUUGUAUCUUUUUAAUCCAUGGGAAAGUGAUUUCAAGCCCAGUGCUGCUCACAACAUAUCUUAUUGACUGCGGACUUACAGAAUGAGUUUAGCCUUUAUUGUGGAACAUCAGCCAUGUUGUAUUACAAGAAGCGCUACACAUUAAUCCAGGAUGGUAAAUCCAAUCAACCCAUCAACCAAUUUUAUUUGUCACAGUGAAAUGUUAUCCCAUCAGCCGUCAGAUCGGCAUACAGAAAAACAGUCACCCAGGAUCCAGUCAAGUCUCUGUGAAAGGCCCCUAGAGCUCCCGACACCCUGCUGGGAGCCAACAGAGGCCCGGAGGCCAGCUCGCUGUCCGAAGCCUGCACACGUGAUCCCCAGCGGAGAACUCGAAGUCUGUGUUCAUUUCUUACACGCUUGCCUCUGUGCCCCCCUCUGGAGAUCUGUGGAGACACAGUGAUGGUUUUGCUUGUCCAUGUAGUCGGGAUCGUAGCCAGAGGUUUGCAGCUGGCAGCCAUCUUCACCUUUUACAUCUCAACACUUUGACGGAGCAGGCCAGCAGAGUCAGCAGGAGACUCUCUCCGAUCCUGUUGAGUGACUCAUAGCCACAUGUCAUCACUUUCCAACAUUAACCAAAUAAAGCACU